AUGCAGCGCUGGUAAGAAGAUAAUGAGGUGAUAUAAUUGCCUGUGUGCUUUCGUGGCACGCAGCAAUUCCCCAGUCUUAAUGAGGGGUUGAGGCAGUGCAGUUCAGCAGAGCAUCAGGCUCAGGUUCGAAUCCUACCCAGGUCAUGAACGUGCAGGGUCAUUUCAGGGGCAAACUGCAGGUCCUCCGUCUCCCCAAUCUAUAAAAUGGAAAUGGAAAUAUCACAAUCCAUUCAUCCCCCUCCACCCCACAAGGUUGUCUUAGGUGUAUUAAGGAAACGUCGUUUAUCCUGGGACGCAGGAGGUGACGGUGCUGUGAUCGCUCUCUGUGUACCACAGUUGUAAACAUGGGAAAGGACUCAGGAGAGAACUAUGCAAAUUGAUAAAGCGUAGAAGAAAAACAGUAAGUUUUAUGUUGGAAUCAUGACUUCACUAUGCUGGGAUGUCUCUCCCUCAACAUUUAUAUUUCUUCCUUUCUUCCCUCCUAUCACUUCUGCAAGGACUUUGGACUAAUCCCUUAAUCCUUGUUCCCAAUUGUAGCAAAGUUUAAGUGCUUGUAGAUGCUCAUAUCCAUCCCUUGCUACCCUUUCUUUCUUUCUUUCUUUCUUUCUUUCUUUCUUUCCCUCUCUCUCUCUCCCUCCCUCCUUCACUGUUAAUUUUAGACUGCAAUAUCUUUAGGGGCAGAGACAGUUCUCAGUUUGAUUUAGGAACGUUGAUAAACUGCCAUGCACAAUGAAUGAUAGUAAGAAAGACCGAAUGAACUAGACAUAUUUACCCCCGAGAAAACAAAUGCUAAAGAAGGACAGGAUGGGUAUGCAGAUUGUUUUCAAACAUCUGAAAGAUUUUCAGAAAACAAAGUGGAGCCAGGUGGACCUUUGGUUCGGGACAUUUCACAUAGAAGAAUGAGUUCUCUUGGGAGCAGGUUCAAUAGGCAGGUGUCAGGAUUGUUUUCAAUACAUGAUAUCCUGUCCCGGGGCAGCCCUUUGACUAGCUAUGACUUUAAAUAUCCCAAGGCAACCCUGGUCUCCCAGAACCAGAAGAGGCAUGAAAAGGGCAGAGCAGAGGUUGGCUUCAGGCAUAGUCUCAGAUUGUUUGGGGUAAACUCUGGACCGGAGGCAGCUUAGGCAGCCGUGGGGAGGUCUCAGCAACCUCUUCAUAGGGACAAGACCUGCCAGAGAAGAGUUUCUGUGCUAAUUAGGCCUGACAGAUCCUCCUGUGCAGAUCCUGAUUUUGCCAAUGAAGAGUUAACUCUCAUUUGCAGGGUGUGAUUGACUGCUGGCUCCUGACAGUCUGCCAUUGGGUGGAAGAGUCAGGGCGGGCAUGCAAAGUGCCCGAUGCCCUUUCAAGCAGGGGGUUGUAUAUGUUCUCCCUUUGCAGGUCCCUCGCAUUAGGCCAGCAAUAUACCUCGUUGGGCUCCCAGCCGAUCCUGUGCGGUUCCAUUCCUGGCUUAGUGCCCAAGCAGCUCCGGUUCUGCCGCAACUACAUCGAGAUCAUGCCCAGCGUGGCUGAGGGCGUGAAGCUAGGAAUCCAGGAAUGCCAACACCAGUUCCGGGGGCGCCGUUGGAACUGCACCACCAUCGACGACAGCUUGGCCAUUUUCGGGCCUGUUCUCGAUAAAGGUACAGCACAAGCCGGGUUAGAGGAGGGGCACCCAUAGCUUGCCAGUAGUGGAGCAUAUUUUAUUCAUUAUUACGCAUCGCUUCCCCCACUUUUUUUCUCAUCCAAGGAGCUCAACGUUCUCCCAAUCCUCAUUUAUUCCUCGCAACAACCCUGUGUGUUGGCUUAGGCUGAGAGGCAUCAACCCAUUGAGCCGAAAGGAGAAGGCAGCUUCACGAUUAUCGUAUAGAACAUGCCAAUAACUGGCACCCAGUUUGUGCAAAGCGUGACUCUAAAGAUUUUAAUUUUUAAAAAUUACAGCUGAUUUUUAAAAAAAAUUUAAAUGGCAACAGUUUACGGGCAUUAAUGCGGAGCGUUGACUUGCAAAAUAAUGUGUAUGUCACACUCCUUAUUUUUUAAAAAAAAUGUCUGAUUUCAACACCAAAUUAUAUGUUGCUGGAAAUAUAUAUAUAUACAGCUUUGUUGCAAACAACAGAGGGAGGCUGCAUAGGUUGUCCCAGUAUAAUCAUACAGGGAGGGAGGGAAGGAAAAAAUGCAUUUACUGUAAGCUGCUCAAUAAGACAGAUCUAAGAUCUCACGUACAGCUAUACUUCACAUCCUCUCUGUCUAAGGGCAAGUAAAGGUAAAGGUAAAGGGACCCCUGACCAUUAGGUCCAGUCAUGGCCGACUCUGGGGUUGCGGUGCUCAUCUCGCUUUAUUGGCUGAGGGAGCCGGCGUACAGCUUCCGGAUCAUGUGGCCAGCAGGACUAAGCCGCUUCUGGCGAACUAGAGCAGCGCAUAGAAACGCCAUUUACCUUCCCGCUGGGGUGGUACCUAUUUAUCUACUUGCACUUUGACGUGCUUUCGAACUGCUAGGUGGGCAGGAGCUGGGACUGAGCAACGGGAGCUCACCCCGUCACAGGGAUUCGAAAUGCCGACCUUCUGAUCGGCAAGUCCUAGGCUCUGUGGUUUAACCCACAGCGUCACCCACGUCCCACCUAAGGGCAAGUACAGAUUAACGAAUUACCAAGCCUGUACACACACACACAGACACCCCCAACAGCCCAUAGGAGAAUGAUAUAGGCCUUGUGGAACAAAACACACCAUCCAGCAAUAAGAUCUCCUGUGAAAACCCCAAUGAAUUGAAUGGGAAACUGUGAAAGUAACCUACCAGGCCAUUGCAAAGUUCUCAGCCAUCUCAUUGGACAGGUGGCCUUCCCAGUGGAUCAUGCUGAGGGCCCACUGGGAUUUGCAUGUACCAUUAAAUUUGUACAUUUUAUUUUCCGAGGGAGGGAGACAGGUGACAACUCGCAGUAGUAAAAAACACACCAUUUUUAAUGGAUAUUUCAUUCUCCAGGGGAGGUGUUUAUUUAAUUCCCGUUUUCUCUUAUUGCCCCCAACCAUCUCAUUAAAUUUCAGAGCAGCAGUUUAUCGAGAGGCAACUUGGAAUAAUGGGCAAAGUGAAGAGAAUUUCACUCCACGUCUGAAUAAUCAAAAAUCUGGGGAAGUGGUAAAAUCCCCUCUGCCUAGACGUGAUUAAUGUAUCAGUCAGUCGUGAUUUAUUAGCCAGCCAGCCAUAACAACAUGAUUGAUGUAACCCCACGAUCGAUCAAUUUGGAAAGAAGGAACCAGGGAGGAUAUGAAUUGCAUAUGCGGGCACGCCCAAGCUAACGAGCAGCUUAAUUUUAAUAAAUAAAACCAAGGUGGAGCAGUAUCUGAAAUCUGAGCUGAACUUAGUGCCACGCCUUAAACAGGCCAUAUUAACUGUACCAUGUUUUCAUGUUAAAGGAAGACCAAGAAAGUGGAAGAACAAUCCCGUUUUCUGGUCUCGGCUUUUAGGCUGCGGAGGGUGGGAAACAUGAUCAAACGCUCCUCCAGGCAGACAUUUUCCUUGACAUAGAAAACUAGCUUCUCAGCCGAAAGGCUAAGGGACAAUAAAUCUCCUGAAUAUCUCACUGCCGAAAGCCAUGGUUCCCAACAUGGAGCACAUGCCCCAUAAGGGUCCCAGUUUGAUGGGGGGGGGGCAAUUUGAGAAUGAGUUAGACCAAGUUGAUGACCUUUUAUGCUUCCUCCAUGUGAAUAGGAGUUCACUUUUUGAAUAAGAAGAAUUAUAUGUCACAGCGGAGGGGCAUCAGGAUUUUAGAGAUGCUUAGGGACGCGGGUGGUGUUGUGGUCUAAACCACUGAGCCUCUUGGACUUGCCAGUCAGAAGGUCGGCGGUUCGAAUCCCCGCGACAGGGUGAGCUCCCGUUGCUCGGUCCCUGCUCCUGCCAACCUAGCAGUUCGAAAGCACGUCAAAGUGCAAGUAGAUAAAUAGGUACCACUCCGGCGGGAAGGUAAAUGGCGUUUCUGUACGCUGCUCUGGUUUCGCCAGACGCGGUUUAGUCAUGCCGGUCACAUGACCCGGGAAACUGUCUGCAGACAAACAUCAGCUCCCUUGGCACAUAAAGCGAGAUGAGCACCGCAACCCCAGAGUCGUUUGUGACUGGACUUAACUGUCAGGGGUCCUUUACAUUUUUUAGGUGUGGCAUGGCCAAAAAUAGGUCGGGAACCACUGGCCUAAAGUGAAGUGUGUUGUGUGUGUUUUUUACAUGGAGGAGUCUGACAGCUAUCACCCACAGCCUGAAGUAGCACAGCUCCGACACAGGUUUUUAACCACCUCAAGGCCUAAAAAAUAAAUAAAGGUUUCUGAAAGGCUGAGGUGGGAAAAUGGUUAAAGGUGGGUCUCAUGGUGCAGAACAAGGUUAAAGGUGGGUCCCCUCAGGACUGAAAAGGCUACCUCCUCAGGGAGCCGUAGCAAAUGACUCUCUGUGUAAGAGAAGCUGACUGCAUUUCCCUGGAACAAAUGUGGCGAACAAAACCCGCAUCUCCAGGGCCUCGGCUGAGGAAAUCAGAGGCUGCGAAAUGGCCCUACAGCAUUGUGAUAACCCAGCAGUGUUCCUCAGCUGUGACACAGAUGACAAAUUUGCAUUUAAAGAGGGGGACUGGAUAUAAACGCUGGAGAUUUAAAGGCAGCGGCGGGUGGUGGGGAGGGAGAGAAAAUGAGCUUAUAUCCAGGAGAAAAGAGCUAAGCUCCCAUCCCCACUGUGCACCGGGGCAGGGGGAUAUCGUUCCAGACCUUGAACUGUUUCACAACCCUGCGCCAUUCACACGCCCUUUCGCCACCCGGAGCCCGGGAGGGGAGGACCGGCGGCACCAGAGGUCUCAAUAGAGAUUUCCUAGCCUGACUGGUGGGCUCGCGGGGGGAUGGCAGGGCAGGGCGGUCGCGGGCCCCGUUGCCAAGGGGUGGCCGCGGGGAAUGCCAGCCCCGUGGGUACUGCCGGGCCUGGCAGAAACAUUCCACAUUAUGUGGGUAAUACAGUGUGACACUCCGCAAACAAUGGCAAAUUGAGUGUCCCAGCAGGUAACGGGGUCUGGAUAGGAGACCGUUACAGUGGAGCUCUGUCAAGAGCCCCUAAUCCACCCAGGCUCUGCCCCCCAACCCGGCCCCCUCAGCGCUUCUGGGAACUUUCAAUUUUGCCACUGGGAAAUCUCUCUCAAGCAACCCCCCAUGCCUCAUGGGGUGGGGUGGAGAGUUGGGCUUUCUUCCAGACGGCCUUUUCCCAAAUCUUCGGAAGCCUCCGUCGGUUUUGAGGUAGCAACUUUUCCCUCAGAGUUUUCAUCUUCGCACGCCGUAUCUUACUUUAUUUUUCGAAGGCAACCUUCCUGAGGGGAGCUACUUUGGCUCGAGUCGGUUCCAAAACGUCCAAGGCCAGGGGCACUCGUGUUUUCCAGAUUUGAAAUCGAAGGUGCACUCUUUUUACAGCUGAAAAGCGUUUGUUUUUGGAGUUUUUAAUUAUACAGUACAGUCAUCGCAAAGAAAAGAACAAAGCAUCAAGCCUAUGGCAUCAUUUUACAUGGUCUUAAAAUGUUGGCAGUCCAUAUAGGUUUCACCAAAGAUGUUCUUUAUAAUAAACCCAUUUGCAAUUCUUCUAAGCCCAGUUAGUCGUUCUGAACUAGCUAUAACCCAAAUUUUGUUGAACCCAGUCUCAAGACCCAAUCUCCACCUGCGAUUUCCAGUGAUACGCUGUUACUAGCUAUGCAGCUACCAACAGAAAAGGAAUUAAAUCUUUAUGCUGGAGUUUGUGAAUGGACAAAGAGCCUAACCCCUACAUUUCUGCCCCAGUCCCUGUUCUGAGCAUAGCUCGGCGAUGGAUUAUUCCUCACUGUUGGACGCAAACUCCCAAAGCAGCUCUCUGUGGCAUUUCAUACAAAACAAAAGAUAGCACACAAUCUCAUUUUUUAAAAAAGAAAUACUAAAAGGGCAGAUAGCAGGAGGCAGAACUUGGAAGAAAUCUAAUUCUGCUAAAAGAGAACAAAGACAGGACUUUUUGAUUGUGGGCCUGAACUUUCAAAUCCAAAAGCCACAAGCUGCUUCAUAUGGGAAGGCAAAUGAUAAGAUCACAGCUUGCAAAAUAACCGGGUCUUUUUCUCCCUCUUGUUCGCAGCCACGCGAGAAUCUGCCUUUGUCCACGCCAUCGCCUCAGCCGGCGUGGCCUUCGCCGUCACUCGCUCCUGUGCUGAAGGCACGUCCACCAUCUGCGGUUGCGACUCGCAUCACAAGGGGCCACCGGGCGAAGGUUGGAAAUGGGGUGGCUGCAGCGAGGACGCCGACUUUGGCGUGCUGGUUUCGCGGGAGUUUGCCGACGCCCGGGAAAAUCGCCCGGAUGCCCGCUCCGCCAUGAACAGGCACAAUAAUGAAGCUGGGAGAACAGUGAGUGUGCCCCUUCACCUCUUUGUCCUUUUCUCAGGACAGCAUGGGGGAAAGAUGCCCUGCCCCGUUUUGCCUAGCUUACUCGCUGGAAAGGCCUCCGGUGUAAGAACAGAGAAAUCCAAAAUGUGACUAAACCCAGGCCUAAGGAGGCCAUCUUGUCUAACCAUUGAAGUUUAGGUCUUCUUAGUUCCUGAGCCUUCAGGUCAGUUUUGCCAUUUUGGCAUAAUCCAACAACUUAGUUUGCCAUUCCUCUCUGGUAGGGACUUUGUCUUCUUUCCAUCUCUGGGCUAGUAACAUCCGUGCAGCUGUCAUCGCAUACAUAAAAAGUAUUUUCUGCUCCUUUGGAAUAUUGGUACCUACCAUUCCUAAUAAAAAAGCCUCUGGGUUUCUCCACAAACGUUAUUUUAAACAUUUUUUUUCCAAUUCAUUAUAUAUCAUUUCCCAUAAUGCUUUUACAGUGGUACCUCGGGUUAAGUACUUAAUUCGUUCCGGAGGUCCGUUCUUAACCUGAGGUACCACUUUAGCUAAUGGGGCCUCCUGCUGCCGCUGCACGAUUUCUGUUCUCAUUCUGAAGCAAAGUUCUUAACCCGAGGUACUAUUUCUGGGUUAGCGGAGUGUGUAACCUGAAGUGUAUGUAACCUGAAGCUUUUUUUACCCGAGGUACCACUGUAUUACCUUACACCUCCACCACAUGUGGUAAAAGGUGCCUUCUUUUUCUUUACAUUUCCAGCAGAUAUUUGCACUUGUUCCAUAGCCUUCCUGGUGUGCUCUUGGCAGGUGCAGAUGGGCGCUUUGCAGUUUAGACACAAUGCUAAGCCAAACCGUGGUUUAGCCCCAGGUAGUCUAGCGACUGUGGAACUGGGAGAGGAGUUACUACAAUCUUCUCCUCAGAAAGCUGCACAUCUGCUCAUUCGUGCUAAACCAUGGUUCAACAUAGCAUAACCUAUGAACUGAUCUUCUAGUCACCCAAUAAAAAUUCAGAAAUAUUACCCAGAACUGAGUUAAGUAAAUAUGACAUCCAAGAGUAUGGGAGAAUUAUACAGAAGAGAUAGAGGCCUUGGUCAACAGAGAAGAGAUAAAGAAAGCCGCUGAAAGCUGUCUGCAUUUACUAGCAAGUAAAUGUGCAUUGGAUUGUGCUGAAAUCAUGCCAAAAUGCAGAUAUGAUUUAGCAAGACAGGAAUCAUAUACAGUGUAACAUGGUAGCUAAAUGGCUGGGCUGCAAAUAACUUGACCUCUGCCAUUUGUUUCCCUUAGACAAACUAUUCUCAUCCUCAGUGCCCAUCAGCAAUAUGGGGGAUAAUAAAAUAAAUUUGCCUUUGCAGGGCUGAACAAUCUAAAACGCUAUUCAAACAGCUUACUAUUCUAUCAUAAUUACUACCCAGUUUCCUUAUUAAAUCAAGGCCUUAAGGUUUGAAUGACAAUUCAUGGAGCAAAGUAGUGGUUGGUAGCAUUUUUCCUUAAUGAAGAAGUCUAAUGAGAGAAAUUUGCAUAGAAGCAUUUGAGUGCAGAGUUCACUUUCAAGAAAAAAAAUGAUACCGCUAAAAAGGAACUAUGCAAAGAUGUCUCUUCGUCCGUUUUAUUUUUCUCAGUAGCUUUAGAAUCACUAACCCUGGCCAAAUGACAAAAUAUUAACAUUGAAGAAGGUGAGGCUGAAACAACUGUUCAAUUCACCUGUAUGCUGAUCAUGUGAUUAUAUCGUUGGGAAAUCCAAAACAACAACCACUACCAAACACAAAACUCAAAAUUUCCACUACUACAUCUAGUUAGUUAAAUCUUUGGUUAUAAAAUCAGAAUUUAAAACAAAAAGGAAAGAGAGAGAAAGAAAAGAAAAUGGAAAAGGAUAAAAGACUUCCCAUUCUCUGUCUGUCAGCUCAAUAUAGUAUUCACUCAAUAACAUCCAGCUAUUUUAUUUUCUAUAAGCCAAUAUUUUUCCAGUCUUCAGAUCCAUAUAUUACAAGUCCAUUUUCUCUUUCCUGCAAAAAGUACAUAAGAAGUUUCCAAUCCUUAAUCAAUGCCAACGAUUUUCUCUCUCUAAUUAAACACGUCAACUUUGCCAUCUCAGUCCAAUCAUUUUAUCAACCAUCCCUCCAUAGCAGGACUGUAUCCUUCCAUUCUUGUGCAUGUAACAAUCUUGCCCCUGUAAUCAUAUAUAUACAGUGGAAACUCAGUUCUCGAACGUAAUCCGUUCCAGAAGACCGUUCGAAAACCGAGGCACAAAGGGCUGCCUGCAAAUUCAAUUGAGAAAAUUGAAAAACACGCAGCGGAAGGCAUUCGACUUCCGAGUCGCAUUUGGAAACGGAAUCAUUUACUUCUGGGUUUUCGGUGUUUGGGUUCCAAAACGUUCGUCAAAGGAGACGUUCAAGAACCAAGGUACCACUGUCCAUUCCAGGGUGCCAUUUGCACCCCGAAAAGUCCGCAACUAGAGCGGCACUUCUGCACAAGCCCGGAGCGCGAUACAGCACUUCUGCGCAUGUGCGGAGUGCACAGAACGCUUCUGUGCAUGCACAGGCAGCGAAAUCCAGAAGUACAGUGGUACCUCGGGUUACAUACGCUUCAGGUUACAGACUCCGCUAACCUAGAAAUAGAACAGAAAUUGCGCGGUGGCUGCAGCAGGAGGCCCCAUUAGCUAAAGUGGUACCUCAGGUUAAGAACAGUUUCAGGUUAAGAACAGACCUCCGGAACGAAUAAAGUACAUAACCAGAGGUACCACUGUAUACACUUCCAAUUUUGCCGCAUUUGCAAGCCGAAAAGAAGCAACAUGAACCUAACGCAACACGAGGUAUGACUGUAUUAGAAAAAUCUUGCCUGGUCCAUGGCCUUAGCCCCAAUAGACACUAGAUGGAAGAUGCCCUGUGGGUGCUUCUCUGGACUUGACUGGCAUGUUUUCGUUUCGCUUUGGUUUAGACGAUCUUGGACCACAUGCACCUGAAAUGUAAGUGCCAUGGGCUAUCAGGCAGCUGCGAGGUCAAAACAUGCUGGUGGGCCCAGCCAGAUUUCCGCGCCAUUGGCGACUACUUGAAGGACAAAUAUGACAGCGCUUCGGAGAUGGUGGUGGAGAAACACCGGGAAUCUCGCGGGUGGGUGGAGACGCUGCGUGCGAAAUACGCCCUCUUCAAGCCGCCGACGGAGCGCGACUUGGUCUACUACGAGAACUCGCCCAACUUCUGCGAGCCCAACCCCGAGACCGGCUCGUUCGGCACCCGAGACAGGAUGUGCAACGUGACCUCGCACGGGAUCGACGGGUGCGACUUGCUCUGCUGCGGCCGCGGCCACAACACCCGGACGGAGAAGAGGAAGGAGAAGUGUCACUGCAUCUUCCACUGGUGCUGCUAUGUCAGCUGCCAGGAAUGCAUCCGAGUUUAUGAUGUCCACACGUGCAAAUAA